AUGGAAUGUAAGCCCGCUAUCACGACAGUCUCUCUUGGGUCAUGCAAGUUUCACAGCAUCACCGACAAGAUUAACGAAGCCGCACGAAAUGGAUUCAAGGCCAUCGAACUCUUUAUCGAUGACCUUGAAGCCCUCGCCAAAGACAUCACCCCUAUACCUAACACCUUGGUCCCUUCUCGCGACUCUGUAUUAUCUGCUGCACAUCAAAUUCGCGCGCAAUGUGACGCGUUAGAAAUUAUCAUUCUCAAUCUCCAACCCCUACGCUUCUACGAGGGCCUAGUUGAUCGGAAAAAGCGCAACAAAAUACUAGACGAGGUACUUCCCAUAUGGAUGGACGCGCUCAAAAUCCUCGGCGCAGACACUAUCCUAGUCCCCUCGAACUUCCUCCCCUCAGACCCCGAGACUGGACUUCCCCAAACAGUCGGCGACAUGGACAUAAUCGUCGAAGAUCUCCGCGAACUGGCUGCACGAGGCGCGCAACACGACCAUACCAUCAAAUUCGCUUACGAGGCACUUGCCUGGGGCACGCAUGUGAAUACCUGGGAAAGGUCCUGGGAAAUCGUCCAGGCAGUUAAUCGUCCCAAUUGCGGCCUUGCCCUGGAUACGUUCAACAUCGCCGGCGCCAUCUACGCAGACCCAACCACACAGGACGGUCGCGUUGUACAAACGGCCGAGGCCGAUCUGUCCGCCUCACUAAGCCGUAUGGCUUCUACUUUGGAUAUCAGCAGGCUGUUUAUCGUCCAGAUAGCCGACGCCGAGCGUCUCAGCCAGCCACUUGGCCCGGACCACCCUUUCCAUGUUGUAGGUCAGCCUAGUCGACUGAGCUGGUCUCGAAAUUGUCGACUUUUCCUUUGUGAGAACGAUCGUGGUGGAUUCCUGCCUGUCCUCGAUAUAUUGAAGGUUAUUCUCGAUCUUGGAUGGACUGGAUACCUUGCGUAUGAGGUCUUCUCGCGUUCUUUGGCAGAUGAUGAUCGUCGGACUCCGGCGCUACAUGCGGAGAGGGGGAAGAGGUCUUGGCGGCGGCUUUGUGAGAUUGCAGAAAGCCAAAUGAAUCAGUCUGAAUCUUCUAGUCCUAGCGGAUUAACUUUACGUGGAAUGGGAUUGUUGGAGACGGUGGUGCAUGAUGUGAAAAGAAGGAUAUUGUGA